CAGUAAUCCGCGCCGUCCAUGAUUUUCCCACAGCCCUUACUAAUGCCCCAAAGCUGCAGCUGCCACACCGGCCGGCCUCGGAGCGCCACACGCUGCCAGUUGCUACAUUGAUCAAUAAUUUACCAGUUCGACGCCUCCCCGACCCGCUUACCCCGGGUCGACCGAGGCGAUAAGCGAUAUUUACUCACGCGGAGGGGACGUUUACUCAUCCCGUGCCUUUUAAACACAGCGUCAGUAUAAGCUUUUAGCCAACAAGCAAGAUCCCUUCGGUGCGUCUGCGGAUUAGACUGUCGCAAUGUGCACUGCCCGUGUUAGUGACUGACUGACUGCGACGGCAUUUGAGGACGCCUCUCGCUUUCAUCUGUCCGGUAACAGCGGGGGUCCCGUUAUGGUGCGGACAGUCGGAGGAUCGAAAGAGGGAGAUGCAGUCAACAUGAACAGGAACUGACUUGAGGACAUAAAGACGAAGAAAAUAACUCACUGUCGCGCAGAACGUCUUCAGGCGAGCAGUACACCGGAGAAUUUCUACUGAGCUCGCGAAUUUCCCCGGUCGGCGCUGACAGCGGGGCUCCGUCGCUCAGUCGAUGACAGCGGGAGAAACACUGUUUUGUGGACGGAACAGUUCGGGUUAUACGAGCAGUGGCCGCGGACGUCGAUAAUCCAUCGUUGCGGAGAAAGCUUUACUCGUUUCUUUUUAGUUUUAUGUUUUUUAUUCAGACGGAGCAAACUCUGGGAAACAGCCCGACUUGUUGAGUUCUUUUUUCGCUUCCGGUAUCACCGAAGAAACCGACUGGUGCGCCCGCUCCCUCUCCUCUUUUUUUUGGACGCUGAAGGUUUUAAAGAAAAAUGGGUCUUUGAGGAGAGCUGGCAAAUUCCCCUGAACUACAAUGGCCACAGAAUCGUAUCUGGUGCAUGAAGGUCCCCAUCGAGCCGCGGGCAUCUCGGAGUGUUUUCUAGUGCCUGAAUCCUACAGGGAUGAAUUCCACCCCUUCAUCGAGGCUCUCCUCCCGCACGUGCGGGCGUUCUCCUACACCUGGUUCAACCUGCAGGCCCGCAAGCGCAAGUACUUCAAGAAGCACGAGAAGCGCAUGUCCAAGGAUGAGGAGCGCGCCGUCAAAGACGAACUCCUGGGCGAGAAGCCCGAGAUCAAGCAGAAGUGGGCGUCGAGGCUGCUGGCCAAACUGCGCAAGGACAUCCGGCCAGAGUUUCGUGAAGACUUCGUGCUCACCAUCACGGGGAAGAAGGCGCCGUGCUGCGUGCUCUCCAACCCCGACCAGAAGGGCAAGAUCCGGCGCAUCGACUGCCUGCGGCAGGCCGACAAGGUCUGGCGCCUGGACCUGGUGAUGGUGAUCCUGUUCAAGGGAAGCCCGCUGGAGAGCACGGACGGAGAGAGGUUGGUCAAGUCCCCGCAGUGCUCCAACCACAGCCUGUGUGUGCAGCCGCAUCACAUCGGAGUGUCCGUCAAGGAGCUGGACCUGUACCUGGCCUACUUCGUCCACAUGCCAGAAUCUGGCCAAUCAGACAAUUCCAGUCAACAAGGAGACUCGGACAUCAAACCUCCACCAAACGGACAUCUGAGUUUUCAGGACUGCUUUGUGACUUCGGGGGUGUGGAACGUAGCUGAGCUCGUACGAGUUUCUCAGACCCCUGUUGCAACAGCGUCAGGUCCCAAUUUCUCCCUGGCGGAUCUGGAAAGUCCCGGAUAUUACAACAUCAACCAAGUAGCACUCGGCAGACGUUCACUCGCCUCUCCACCAUCUACAAGGUCUGAGGUGGAGCUGUACGCCAGUCUUCCUCGCAGCUCAAACAAGCGUAAGUCUAUAGAUGACAGUGAGAUGGAGAGUCCUGUGGAUGAUGUUUUCUACAAUCGUUCACCAGCCGGCACCAGCUCUCAGUCCAGCGGCUGGCCCAACGAUGUGGACGCAGUUGCAGUGCAGCACCAUUUGACGAAUGUUCAAGAGAGGAAGAUAAAGCAUGAGAAUGACGGCGUACAGUUUCCUUACCAUGGGCUGUCCUCUCCUGGGUCUCUAAAGAAGCCAGCGGGGAAAUUCGAUUUCAGCGCCCUGUCAGCACAGACGAGGUCCCCCCGAAUGGCCUUCACACACCACCCGCUGCCCAUGCUGGCAGGCGUGAGACCAGGGAGUCCACGAGCUUCUGCCUCUGCCCUUCAUUUCCCUGCUCCCUCCAUCAUCCAGCAGUCCAGUCCAUACUUCACCCACCCCACCAUCCGCUACCACCACCAUCAGGACCCGCUCAAAGAGUUCGUCCAGUUCGUCUGUGCUGACGGCUCAGGCCAGCCGGGGGCACAGCCUAACGGGAGCGGUCAGAACAAACUGCCCGGCUCCUUCUUACUGCCACCUCCUCCUCCUCCUCCGGUAGCGCGGCCGGUGCCGAUGCCCCUCUCCCUGCCAGAGCACAAACCCAGCCACACACACCCAGAGAGCGGAGUGGGCUCUCCGGCCUCGCCCUCAGCAUACCCAGCGCCAGGCUCCACAGCUUCCAACAGGUUUGUCGGCAUCGGAUCACGGGACAACAACUUUCUGAACAUCCCACAGCAGACUCAGUCAUGGUUCCUUUGACGAGACUUUUCAUGAACACACAAACACAAAGAAGAUCCACAGCGAAAACUGGAAACAGAGUCACAAACUUUCCCACAAUGCCCUGUAAAGUGUCACACAAACACACGCGCACACAAACGCACACACAAUUCCCCCACAAAACACUGGCUCUCUUUCGGAUGAGGAAUCUGGACGGCUUCAGCAUUAUCCUGCCAGUCUGGAGAACCCACUUGGAGGCCUCCAAAAACAUUGACCAAUCCCGUCGCUUGAUUUUCCCGCCCCUGAUUUCUUCAUCCAUACGCCAUACGCUGAGGAAAAAUCCAUCUCUUCCCACUCAGAACUCUUGUUUUGUUUUUGGAAACUGAAAGCGACUUUUGAAAUGGAAUGUCAAUCACCGGAGGCGUGUGAUUGGACGGAGAGACUUCGGUUGGAGCCUUCUGAUUGGCUCCUGACUUUUUUCGCAGUGUGUUUUUACCCGUUGACGAGCAAUAGACUGUGAGCGAAACAACCGAUAACACUAACCGCGUGCAAUUCACUGACAUGUAUGCACUAUUUGAUUAAUGGUAAGGGAUGACAGACGCUUUUUUGGCCUUAGAUUUGCGAUGUGGAGUCAGGCUACAUGUUUCUGAGGUAACACAAACACACACACAUACACACAUUGCAGCAUCAUAGAGACCAGGAAUGGGAAGGGUCAAGCACGAGUGACCGUAAUGUCCAGCUUGUGACUCAUUUAUUUUCAUUUUGUAGUGUUUAUGAAUGAAAAGGCCAGUGAUUUGAGUCAGAAAAGCAAAGCGAUGAUGGUUUUUUUGUUUAUUUCACGCAUCCAUCGAUCAAUCUGAGUGCUUGCGGAUCAGUAUAUAUCCGGUCGGCCCAUGCAAACAUGGGCUUCUUCUGCUUUACUUUGCGUUUGGUUUUGCAGUACUUUUGUUUUGUCACAAAAACAUUCCAGGUUAUAUUUCACCCCAAAUUCAAAUGAGAAAUAUAAUAAUGUAUUUUAAAAACGUGAGCUUAUUUCAUUAGGUACAUUUUAAAAUAAUUAUAUGACUUACACUGUCAUAAACACACUGGGUUACACACAAUUCCUUCAUGUUGUCCCAAAACACUAAUCCAUUAAGUUAACUUAAUCGUUUUAUUUACAAAUUUAAGUGGAUUGAACAUUAAACUCAUUUUAAAUAAGUAGUUUGAACAAGCAGCAAAAGUGCAAGUUAAUCAGGUUAAAAGCCUGUAGGUUAAAGUUAAGUUGAAUUUUUAGGUCAGUUUAUAUCGAAAUGACUUAAUUUAACUCAACCUAACUCAAUCUAAUUUCAUUUUUAGUGCAAGUUAAUCAGGUUUCAACUUAAAACUUUUAAUUUAAUGUAAAAAAAUUAAGCUGAAACUUAAUUAACUUGCACUAAAAAUGAACUUGAUUGAGUUCAUUUUGACAUAAACUGACUUAAAACUUUGACUUCAAAAAAUUAAGUUGAAACUUGAUUAACUUGCACUAAAACUUAACUUGAUUGAGUUGAAUCACAUUCAUUUCUAAGACAUUUCGACAUAAACUGACUUAAAAAUUUAACUUAACAAAAAAUUAAGUUAGUUUACAUUAAAAUGACUUCGAAAGUAAUUUAACUCACCUCAAUCAAGUUAAGUUUUUAGUGCAAGUUAAUCAGGUUUCAACUCAAUUUUUUUAAGUUAAGUCAGUUUUAAGUCCGUUUAUAUCGAAAUGACUUAGAAAUCAAUUUGAUUUAACUUAAACAUUUUUAAGUCAGCCAAUAUUUUUAAUUGCAAAAUAAUUUUUUGUAAUAAUUAAGUUUUUUACCUACAAAUACUCAUUACCAUAAUCUCAUUAUGACGCUGUAAAUGUGCAUUCACAGCGAAGGCGGCGAGAGCAUCGAAGUUCACUCUGGCGACAACGCUGUCUACCUUCACAGCUCUGGCGGCAAGAGCGUCAAAAUCCACUACAUCGAUCUCGUAUUUAAAGGAGCCAUUGCAGCAUAUCAGCAAAUCACUUACAUUCCCACAUAAAACAUGCUUUCUAGCGUAAAAAUGUUGCGCACUUUCUAUCAAAUUCAUUUAACAAUGGAAGAUCAAGUUGUUGCAUGUGGUGUGGCUUUGCUCCACUUAUCUAAUAUGUGUCCAAAUGUCUGAAAUAUUCAGAAGUCGUUAUAGUUAGCAAGAGAUUCCCGCUUUUUUAAGAAAAAAAAUAUUUAUAACAAUAAUGCACAUCAGUAACUACUUUAAUGUAUGUCCCGGUCAGAAAACAUCGUAAAUAAUUGGAAAUUCGGCAACCGCAAUAAUCAAGCCCUAGGGAACAACUGUGGUCGAAGUUCACAGUGACUGUGGAAUCCUCUCAAGCGGUGGACAGCGUCAUAGCUCAUUACCAUGAAGAUGACUUGAUUUGAACUCGACGCUCACGCCGGCGAAGAUGCACCUCGCCGCUUAUCGCUCCUAUUAAUAAUGAAUGACUUCCAGCUACUUUGACGAUCUCCCCGCUUUUGGUGUGAAUGCACAGUAAUGCAGAACAUAUGAUGUAUUAUUUAUUAUAAUUUAUUUAAUAAUUAUUACAUGCUUUGAUUAAAUAUAUGCUUAAUUGUCAUCAAAAAUAUUAAUAGUACAAAAUUAGUUUUUUAUGAUCAUCCUUUUUCGUUUGAUUUCAGGGUGAAAUAUGACGUGUUUUUGUGGCGUUCAUCAAAAUAUUUGUUUGUUUUCUGGUUUUGUGCGAUUUUUAGCUUGCGUAGCCGGCAGAUCAGACGCUGCAUGUUGGAUUUGUGCUGUUUUUUCUUCCGUGUUCAGCAUAACAGUCUCUCCUUCAGCUUGAAUGUGACUUACAAACAGACAAUCUCCAGUUUUCCUCUUCAUUAAUCAGAUAUUUGGGGUCGCUUCUACGACGUGCUCUACCCUUCCUACAAAUCAAACUCUCCAUCACUUGACAGUUCGAUCAUUGUCCAAUUGUUUUACGUUGUUAUUUUUGAUUUCUUAGUUCACCGGUUCAGCCUGACUCACAAGACAAUCUACUCAUUUCAUUUAGCCUUUCAGCAGAGUGAUAAACUAAACGCACACACACACACACACAUACACACAAACAUUGCACUAUGACACACACACCCACAUCCUUAAAGGACAAAGGGAAGCCUUUAAACUCGAACCCCUCUCAAAUCAAAACGUGAUCGAAUCCCUAAACCACUGACCUCACUAAAUAACUGGACUGCCUGGCUGUCAAUCACAAGUCAGGGACUCUGAUUGGCUGAGAGCUGACGAUUUUUUCUCAUCAUCCACUUGAAACACAUCAAAGUGCCUCGGUGUCCCCUUUACAUGCAAUUCAGGGUCUUCACUUCACGUAUAAGCUACAGAAAAAUAUGUACAAUAUGUAUCAUGGGCUUAGCAAACAGCAUAUGAGAGCAAUGGCAAACAUCAUAUUUAUAGAUCUAUGUUAUCCAGAACAUAUCGUAGUCAUGCUCUGUAUAUAUAUAUAAAAAAUAUGGACAUAUGUAUAGUUCUUCCGAGCUCUACGGCAGUCUAGUUAUUUUUUGACCUUCAUCCGAGUCAGUGACAUCAUCCAAACCGAUUUAAAUAAACGCGCAAGUCGAUCAUCCGUCGUUUCAGGUCAGAGCGGAUAGAGAUCAAAUUUGCUUUUCGGAGAAAACGAAGCAUUUUCUCUUUGUUGAAGUGUUAUUGAGAGACGACGAAAAAAACAAGUUCUAUGUGGACUGAGCCGUGUGCAAUGUGUUGGGUAGAUAUCUGUGUUUGUCUUCAGAUUUUUAAGAAAGCGAAGUGGAAAAAAAAAAGACGUUAAAAAAUAGAUUUAAGAAUAGGUUAAAGUCUGCGAGCUCCGGGACUCUAAACACGAGGGCCUCAAAAAUGAAUCCCAGUCUUUGUAAGCGUUGGGGAAGUUCCUUUUUACUUUUUAUUUACCUUAUGUUUUAUUUGUAAACUAUUUUAGGGGGGGGGGGAUUUUACGAAAGCGAAACGUAUUACGAGAAAAUAAGAAAAGAAAAAUACUGGUGCUUCUGUUACUCAUAAGCGAAUAAUACCACACCAGGACGACUGUUUUACUCUGUUUCUCUCUUUUGUAUUUACUAAAGGAAAGGGGGUUCAGAUUUGAUUGGUUCUGACAAAAGGCAUUUGACUACAACCUUUAAUAAAGCAGCGCCCCUUUUUACUUCCUUCAAACGUCAGGAGAAAUAAUGCGCGUUUAGAUCCUAAGAGAACGAUCGUAUUUAAGAUGCUGCUGUGUUGAAGUAUUUAAAAUUGAAAUGAGCUGUUUAUGUGGCAUUGAUUUGACUUUUAGCUGAAACUGUGGUCCUUGGUGAUUCAUAACAAGCGCUUUGAGAGUCAAAGAAACACAUAGAGUCUAAACUAAAUGAAUAUCAGUGGCUCCUAAUGAUACAUUGAGGUCCUGUGAAGAGAAACAAUCAGUUAUUUACAGCAUUAUUACAUUUAAAGGAAACAUUUCUGAGUGCUUUUAGGGCUCAAUUCCAUUUCUAGCCCUUAGUCUCUGCUCUCUUUUUACUACGGAAAAUUGAAAGUUGCUAUUUUCUUGGUCAAUAUGACUAGUAGAAACUAUUUGGUCAUUUUUGAGAUGCUAAUAGUCUAAUCCGAUUCAUUGAUCUAUGCUAAGCUAAGCUGAAAGUGCUCCCAUCAGACACUGACGUUGACUGACUGGAUUGAAAAUGAAAAAUUGCUAUUGUCUAAGUCAGAGAUUCUCAAUCUCGGUCCUGAAGGUCCGGUGUCUUACAGAUUUUAGCUCCAACCCCAAUCAGACACACCUGGGCUAGCUAAUCAAUCUCUUAUUAGGCUUUCUAGAAACAUCCUUGCAGGUGUGUUGAGGCAAGUUGGUGCUAAAAUCUGCAGGGCACCUGACCUCCAGGACUGAGUUUGAGAUCCCCUGGUCUAGGUCAAUAUGACUAGUAGGAACUCUUUGGUCUAAUCUGAUUCAAUGAUCUAUGCUAAGCUAAGCUAAAAGUGCUCCCACCAGACACUGAGAUUGAUUGAAUGGAUUGAAAACGAAAAGUUACUAUUGUCUACGUCAAUAUGGCUAGUAGAAACUCUUUGGUCAUUUUUGAGUGAGAUGCUAAUAGUCUAAUCCGAUUCAAUGAUCUAUGCUAAGCUAAGCUAAAAGUGCAGAUUUGGAAAUUUAUUGAUUGAAUUGAAAAAUGGUUGUAAGUUGUAAAAAUGAGCCUAUUUACAAAACCAAGUGUUCCUUUUAAAGGUCCCAUGAAAUUAAAAUAACGUUUUUUAGAGGUUAGUAUCAGUAUUGUUAGUUUUUAGGAUGUCUACAAGCUAGAGCGCACCAAAACAGUGACAAAAUUCAUGUUUAGAAGAAAUAAAACUGAUGUAAACAUGUAAAGCUUGUAGUUUGUCCAUCUAAAAGGAUCAACAGUUUUAUUCACGUCAUCUCAUACUUGAGUUUCUCAUCAAAUCUCGGCCAAUCAAAUGUGCUCUAGUAUCAUGCCCCGCCCCCUUUAACACUCUUCUCAUUUGAUGCGAUUGAGCUCAACCACUCUCACUGGUAGAGCUGUGAUAAAACAAAACACUAUUGGCUGUUUUUUAAAAAGGGGAGGAGCUACACUAUGUCCCACCUUUUUUCGUGUUUCAGCUGAGAUUACGUCAAACAUUGAAUGCACGGGACCUUUAAGUCUUCAAUGUAUCAUUAAUAGUUAACUUGAUUUUGACUUACAAUUUGGCAACUCUUAAAUACGAACUUCCCUUAGGGACUCAAACGCACCAAUCCCAGAUGAAAAUGCAGAAAUGCAAUGUUUCGGUUGGAGAAACGGUCAAUAUGAAGCGUCGCGAGCAAUCAGAUUCGUUUAGGUGAGAUCGUGUCGAUGUGAACGUGAGUAGGGUUUUGUUAGUCGUAGUUUAGAGCACACGAGAGUCAGAAAUGCGUCGGGGGGGAAAUAAAAAACAAAACAAAAAAAAAACAUGGCCGCCCGUAUCGUCCUGUAUGUAAAUGAGCUCCCAUAGUGUUUGUGCUGUAGUGUAUAGGUGAGCAUUUAAAGGUUGUCCCAUUCAAAGUGCCUUUUGUUCACAGACACCAUCUUGUAAAUGAUGAACGCCCUUGUCUUUCCUCCUCCUGAGCUUUUCUCAAGCCGUAUACACAGUAUAUAGUGCUACAAAAUGGAUGUGAUUUCGUUCUUUUUAUUGUACAAUGACGGACGACAAAAAAAAGAAAGAAAAAAAAAGAAAAAAGUCCCUUUUUCUCUGUACCUCUGUCUUUAUCAGUCUCUCGCUCUGCUCUUAGAUGUCUAUCCUUAUCUUUCCUCCCUACUUUUGAUGAAAGAGUUGGAAAAAAAAAUGUUGAACCUUUUUCUCUUGAGCAAGAUGUUGUAAACUCUGAUGUUAUAUCCCUGUCUGUAUGCUUCACAUGUUUAUAUCAUACACAUCUCUCUUUCUCUCUCUCUCUCUUGGGUCAAACGCAGCGGGCUCUGUGCUGAAUCUGAAGCGGGACCGUCCUGACAGUAACAUGUGGUCCUGCUAGCAGAUGUUGUUUUGGGAUGUGGACGGAGAGCACUGGAUCGGAGCAUGCGCAACAGCUCUAGUUUAGUUAUUUAUUUCCAUUUCCUUCGUAAGUCAGAGUCACACUGUUGACUUUGCAAUUGAAGCGAGUCCGGCUGUUUAAAGAAACCUGACUGAUGAUUGGCUAAUUGCACCUUUAAUCAGGAGACAGGAUGAUGCAUUAGAAAUAACCUGCCCUGCGUUUAGACGUGUGCUUUCAAUUACUAGUGUUUCCCACAUUUCACAUGGGCUUUUCCACAUGCAAUCCUUCACAAGUGGCCAUGCUUUCUUUCUUGAAAGCAUCAUAUGAGUUAAUGUUCACAAUAGCCCAUUGAAACAAACGGCUAUGAAGUUUUUUCAUGUUGUAAUUUCUACUCCAGCUUGUGUUCUGAGGUGUAUCUGAAUUUAGCAUUUUUAAGGCAACACUGCAAAAAAUGCUAUUCUUGCUUCCAUUUGUUGUCUUGUUUAUAGUCCAGAUAUCUAAAAGUUCCUAAAUCAAGAUGAUUAGCAAUUAUUGGGCUUUAUCAUACACUCGGAGCAACAGGACGAAAGGUGUGUUUGGCGUGAUUUGUUGCUAUUUUCAGACCAGCGCAACCCUAAUUUUCACAUCUUGCACCACGUUAUUGAAAUAGCAACAUUUGCGCCACUUUGUGGACUCAUGGGUGUGCUGGUCUAUAAAGGAGGUGUGUUAAGACACACUGUUGGCGCGUUGCUGUUUUGAGGAACUGAAAUAGACUGCGCCGUUGAUCAUGUAAAAGCUGGUCUUAAGACCAGUGCAGAGCGCGUUAGUUAUGCGCCUAUGCAGGUCUAAACCCUUACACAUUGCUUAACAGCGAUACACAAAUAUCUUUACAGACGAAAACAAUUAAAGGAUUAAAAUGUUUAAAAUUAUUAUGUACUACAUAGAUAUAAAAAAACACUACCUCCAUGCCUUCUUCAUGCCUCCAUGCCUUUUUUAUAUAAUUUAUAGAUUGUUAUUAGUAGUAGUAUUAUUAUUUAUUAUAUGCAUAUUUAUAUUUGUUUUAUUAAAAACAGGUUUAGAUUUGCCCACCUGUUGGGUUUUGGAGACAUGAGUGUCACCACAUGGCAUAAGAACAGGACGUGUGUUUGGAUUUAACUAUAUAUUCAAUUCAAUUCACCUUUAUUUGUAUAGCGCUUAUACAAUGUAGAUUGUCAAAGCAGCUUCACAUAAAAGAUCACAGUAAAUAGGAACAGUGUAGUUCAGUUUGUAGUGUUUAAGUUCAGUUCAGUUGAGCUCAGUUCAGUGUGGUUUAAUAAUCACUACUGAGAGUCCAAACACUGAAGGGCAAAUCCAACGAUAUAUCUAAUUAUAGUUUUUUAAACCACACUUCAUUAUAAUUGUUCAUUUAUUUGCGAAUCUUUGCGCUAAACAAACAAAAUUAAUGGAUGUCUUCAGUGCAGUGUGUACAACACUGUUUCCUUAUCACCGAAAGUAAAGGAGUAAAGAGAAAGAGAAAGUAAGGCUGAAUGGAGGAGGCUCGCUCUUUAUCCUCACGCUGUAGAAGCUCUGUUUAACUGUUUUCUCUCUAGUGAAGCGUUCAGUUUAUCCUCUUACAAACUCCACCAUGUAAACAGCAAAUGCCCCAUGGUGUGACGCAACGGACUCUUAAAGGGAAUUGGAGAUGAGACUCUGAUUGGUUUAUUCUCAAAACACACCCAUAACUCAUUAAGAGAAUAAGCACAACCCUGUUAGACCAUGCGUCUGGCACAAACUGGAUUUUUCCAUCCUUAAAAUAGUGAAAGAGAAUUUAGACUCGCUCUUAAUGCUUAUGUGCCAUUCACUUUAGAUUUUGCGCCUAGAUCAUUCAAAUAGAGCCCAUUGUCUUGUUUUAAGAAAUAAUAUGCCAAAAUGAAGGAGUUUUUCCUAAAAACAAGCCAUCUGCCAAAUGGUGUGAAAGACAGUCUAAAUGAUUUUUUUUUUAAAUUUAUUUUGGUGUAUUAUUUCCUGAAAACAUUACAAUAUUUGUUGCUGGUCUAGAAAUGCUUGAUUUAAUCACUUUUAGAUAUUUGGACUAGAAACAAGACAAAAAAAUCGAAGCAAGCAAAAGAAUUUUUAUGCAGUGCAGCGUCUAAAUAUAGCACUUAAAUCCCCACAAAAAAGAUCCCAGUUUAAUUACGAGAUCUAAGAGAACGUGAAUGCUUUUUACUAAUUAAAUGAAUGACAUGAAUGUUUAAUUAUGAUAUUAAGAACUAAAUUAUCACCAAAAAAAUUCUAAUUCUACAGUAAAAGCACAGCCAAGUCAGUGUUUCCCACUGCUGUUCCCGGAGGCACACCAACACUACAUAUUUUGGAUGUCUCCCUUAUCUGACCCAUUCACUUCAGGUUCUGGAGUCUUUUCUAAUGCCCUGAGUUGAUUCAGGUGUGUUUAAGUAGGAAGCGCUUGAAAAUGUGUACUGUUGAUGUGCCUUUAGGAACAGGGUUGGGAAACACAGGUCUGCAUCACAAUUAUAAUAAUGACGAUGAAAGACGAACAAUAUCAUUUAGGUCGCUUUAUCCAGCUGGUGAAUUGACAGCCAAUCAGAAUUCAUCCUGCUCUAACACUAAAUGAGUGGUACAAUUGGCUACUUGCAGGUCAAUUUGACCCACAUAGUGUACAAAAUAAUGGGGGGAUUUUAUUUUAAACAUUUAAAAAAUGUCGAAAUAUAUAUCUGAGAAAGCACUUAUGACACUAACAUAGUUAGGAUGGUAAUAUAAUUAUCAUUCCUGCUGUGAAUUAGCCUUAAUACUGUCCCUGCAGUUAUUCUCAUCAAUUCAACAGCCGUCAUCUACUCAAAUACAGUCAUUCAAGUUAUUUUUAUUCUCUUUAAGAGUCAGUAGCAGCAAAAUCAGUGUUAUGAUCCUCAAUACUGCCUUACAUCAGGAUUUAUUUAUUCCAAAUAGGUCUGCAUGAUAUUGGAAAAUGCGAUAUUAAAUUUUUCUGUGAUAUAUAUUGUGAUGUAGACACAGUUUCAUGAGUUACAGGUACAGGAAUUGAAUAAUCACAAUUAAAAUAAUGCUUCUUUGUCUCGUUUCUAGUCCAAAUAUCCAAAAAAAAGUCUUAAAGCAUGUAAAAAUACUGUUUAGUUUCCAACUUGAGAAGAAAUGAGUCAAAAUGAGGGGUUUUUCCCUUAAUCUGCCAGUGGGAUCAGUGAAAUAAUCUAGUUUUUGCUUCGAAAUGUAGACAUUUGGACUAGAAACAAGACAAAAUUAUUAUGUUUUUGUUGAUAAAUCUUGUAAAUUCAGUGAUUAAAUACAAUCCUGUAGCUCCUAAUCAACUAUAAUCCAGACUCAACAGUGCAUAUCUCUGUGAUCUGACUAUUGUGAAUGCACACAUUGCGAUAUCAAUGCUGAAACCAUAUAUUAAGUCCUUAGGCUUAGUCCCUUUAUUAAUCCGGGGUCGCCGCAGCGGAAUGAACCGCCAAUUUAUCCAGCAUAUGUUUUACGCAGCGCAUGCCCUUCCAGCUGCAACCCAACACUGGGAAAGAUACAAUAUAUUGUGCAGCCCUAAUUCCAAAUGGACCCUGAUUGACUCACAAGUAGCUGAACAUCUAAAACUGUGUGUGUGUGGCAGAUGUGUUAAUCUAGCUGUAAUCAUCUGUGAUCCAGUGUUCUCCACAACCCCUUCCCCCCUCCCCUCGCCGGAGCCCAUGGCAAUCUGCAUGUGUUAUUUACAGAUUCUUUUCCAUUAUAAAGAAGAAAAAAAAACAACAAAAAAACUCCGAUGUUUGUAAAGAGCAGCACCUGAUUGAAUAAAUGAUGUUCUUGACUGUA